AUGUCGUCAACGCAACAAGACGAAGCCAACGCGGCAGCUGCGCAGGCCGUGUCGGCCUCGUCGAGCGAGGCGUCCAAUGAUGUCACGCCCGCGCCCUCAGCUGCCGCCACGGCGAGCUCGUCGUCGAGCACCGGCCAGGACGAGACGCUAGUGUGCCGUUGGCAGGACUGCAGCGAACGCUUCCCAACGGCCGAGGUUCUCUACGACCACAUCUGCGAAAAGCAUGUGGGCCGCAAAAGCACCAACAACCUCAACCUGACGUGCAACUGGAACGGCUGCCGCACGACGACGGUCAAGCGCGACCACAUCACGUCGCACAUCCGCGUGCACGUUCCGCUGAAGCCGCAUAAGUGCGACCUCUGUGGCAAAUCGUUCAAGCGGCCCCAGGACUUGAAGAAGCAUGUCAAGACGCACGCCGACGACUCGGUCCUCGUUGGCCGCUCUCCCCAGGACCAGAAUGGCGGCAUGAACCAGGCCUACCCUCCCCCCAGCUUCUAUGACCACAAUGGCCACAUCCGCGGUACUAACCCGGGCCCCUUUGGCCAGCCCCACCAGAACGGCCAGGCUAGCUAUUAUCACGGCCAGCAGCACCCUGCCCAGGCUUACCAUGCCCCCCUCUACUACCAGCAGCAGCAGCCCAUGGGCGGCUCCCGCGGCGACUUCAUGGGCCACCAGGCCUCGGCCCCGUCCUUUGACUCGCGCCGCCGCGGCUUCGAGGACCUCAACGAGUUCUUCGGCAGCGUCAAGCGCCGCCAGGUCGACCCCCACUCGUACGCCCAGGUCGGCCGCUCGCUGAUGCCCAUCCACGCCAGCCUCGGCAUCCAGUCGGGCGGCCUGGCUACCGAGUACAUGCCCCAGGCCCCCCACACCCUCGCUAUCGGCGGCGGCGCCUCCCACGGGCCCCUGACCCAGCACUACUACCUGCCGCCCAUGCCCAACCUGCGCACCAAGGACGACCUGCACCAGAUCGACGCCAUUCUCGAGCAGAUGCAGGCCACCGUCUACGAAAACACGGGCUCGCCCAGCUCCCACUACGCCCCCGCCGACAUGCGCCACCAGUCCCCGGCCUAUGCCACCCGCCCCACCAUCGACCCCUACGCCGCCGCCGCCGCCACCGCCGCCCAGGUCGCCUCUCCCCUGAGUGCCCCGACCCACUCGUCGGGCGGCAGCCCUGCCGUCACCCCGCCGUCCAGCACCAUGUCGUACACGUCGGGCCACUCCCCCGGCGCCUCGUCGGCCGGCAUGUCGCCCUCGUCGCGCCACAGCUCCACCGUCGCGUACCCGAGCCUGCCCAGCCGCCCCGGCCUGCCCUACCCGUCCACCUCGGGCCUCGGGUCCAACUUCACCCACAACGAGCGCCGCCUCUCGGGCGGCAUGCUCCAGAGCGCCAGCGGCGCCCGCGCCGCCGUCGACCGCGCCGCCACCCCCAAGGCCUCGGCGGAACCGUCCGCCAUGUCCUCGGUCAGCUCCCCGUCCGACGAGUCGGAGAGCGGCGAGGGCGAGUCGUACGACGACUGGCUGCAGCACAUGCGCGUCAUCGAGUACCUGCGCAACGGCAUCCGCCACCGCCUCGAGCACCGCGACUACGUGGACGAGCAGGACACUAGCCGCAUCGACCCCAUGGUGCUCGACGCCGACCGCGCCAGGACAACGCCCUCCCCGCCCACGCCCUCGGCCGCCCCCGCCCCUGAAAGAUCGCUGUACCCUGUCCUGCCCCGGAUUGGGUAG